AUGGCUGACACCGAUGACCUCGAUCUCCAUCGCGAGCUCAAACGUCGUAGAUGUGCUUCUACGACGACCGGCACUGGCACUACGCAUGCCUCUCCACGCGAGCUUGGCAUCAUGCGCAAGGAUGAUACAUCCGUCAGCUUCCUUGGCAGCUCCAGCGGCAUCCACUUUGUCCGCACAGUCUACAAUGCCUUUGCACGUCGCUUCACAGAUAUGCAGCAGGCUAGGGACGGCGGUCAUGAAACUCUAGUUCCUGGGGAAGAUGAUCAUAUUCAUCGCGGUCAAGGUCAAAGUAGAGCUCAUGCCCCGCUAUGGAAGAAAGAGGAACUCGACCCAACCAACCGACCGCUGUCAUUUGAGGAAUUGGUGCAAUUGACGCACCAUUAUUUUGAGAAUUGGCAUCCAAUCUACCCCUUUAUGAAUGCGCCCCGUAUUCUUCGUGUUAUCGAGCAGGUCAGCUAUAGAGGGUUAAAAUCGGUCAGUCGAGCAGACGCCAUCAUCGUUCGGUCUAUGAUCUCCAUUUCUGCAGUUAAGAACCCGCUGGACCUGUCUAACGUCACUUCAGCAGCUGCUAUUCCAGUCGAUUUGGUAUACCAAACCGUCCAUGAAGCAAUGACCAACUUGUGGGAAUUACAAAAUGAAGCGUCUUCCAUUGCUUUACUCCAAGCAGCCUUCAGUAUUCAGCUUUUCUUGACUUCUAUCCUGCACUUAAAUGCUGCUUCUAGAGUUGGGGGCUUUGUCACCCGUAUGACCUUUCAUCUGGGUCUACACCGCUGUCCAACGCGAUAUUCGUGCUUUACUAGUGAAGACGUUAUGAUGCGCCGUCGUAUUUUCUGGUCGAUAUAUUGCCUGGAAAGAUAUCUCAAUCAAGCACUAGGAGUUCCACUUAGUAUUCGCGAUGAUGAUUUUGAUGUUUGCUAUCCGCAAGCCGAAAGACAUUCAACCAGAGAGGAUGCAGGCAUUGUUCUAGAAGACAAUCGGUUGAGACUCUUGACCCACUUGGCUAAAUUUGCUCGAUUAAGAGGAAUGAUUUCAGAGCUGCGGAACAAAUCGAUCAUGCAUAGUCGGGAAAAUCUGGCAGACGCAGCUGAGGUAGACAGUGUACUCUUGCGAUGGUGGAACGAGGUCUAUGAUGACGUGUAUCCACUUGAUUCAGAGGCCGAAGCUCCGCUUCAGCCUUACCAAGCUUUGCUGCUAAUCGUGUCGAGGCAUGAGGCUAUAAUUUCAUUAUAUCGUCCGCUUCUCGCGGCGCACAACCCCGUGGCUGCAGAUUACAAGACAGCCUUUCAAACCUGUAUCAACUCUGCGAGAUCCUUGCUAGUCGCUCUGUACGACUACAUUAAUCCUACUUUGAAUAACAAUCGUCGUCGAUUUGUGGAAUCUCCAGCACAAUCACGAGCUCCUCUUACAUCACCGUCAUUCACAUCGGCUGUCUGGAUGUCCUGUAUGAUUCUCGUGUAUGCCGCCUGGACGGGUCAUUUCACCAACCACGGUGCUUUGCGAUAUGCUCGAAUUGGCAUUUCUGUGCUUCGCAAUCUUGCUCUCUGCGAACGGGAUUGGCCGCAGACAUGCAUCGAUGCUAUAGAGGAUCUGUGCUCCGCCAUGGAGAAGAAUUCGCAAAAUGGUACACCGUCGUCACUCAGGCAAGAGUCUCAUUCUACAUCAUCCAAACAGAGCAGCGCGUACUUGCACGCAUCAAGACCAUCUAUGCAACAACACCCACCGCCACGGGAUGCUGUAUUAUCAGAUUGUAGCCAAGAACAAUUUCCAGUCUCAAACAAUCGAUCACCCCCAACGAUGCGUCGAUCCAGAGGCUCGAUUGACGGGCAUUAUCAGCUCGGAGAGAACUUUACGACCCCCAUGUAUAAUAGUGCUGCCUCGGUUGCUAGGGGGAACGAGAUUUAUAAUCCAGCAAGUAUGGUCUUUGGGGAUCUCGCCGGGAACGGUUUUUCCUAUGGCAUAGGCCCUGAAUAUGCCUCGACUUUUCCGAGCUUGAAUGAGUUUUCAAUGAAUGAGAAUUGGACUGUAGCUGAUGGGCCGUGGCUUAUCCAUGGAGACUUUGACGUUUUGUAG